AUGGCCGCGGAGCCUCCAGCUCUGGAUGCUGAAGCGACGGCUGCUCUCACCGACAGCACCGAGAUGCAGGAGCGGCAGAAGGAGGAGAACAUGACGGUGGAUCUGGAGGCUCCUCCUCCGCCCGCUGCACCGGAGGAUUUCGCCAUCCGCUGCAAUAACGUGUGCCGAUCGUACAGCAAACUGAAAGUCCUCAGCAACCUGAACCUGAGGGUGCCACAGGGACAGAUUUACGGUCUCUUGGGCCCCAGCGGCUGCGGGAAGACCACGCUGCUGAAAUGCAUCGUGGGAACGCUUAAAAUCUCCGGGGGUCACAUCACCGUGCUGGGCCGGCCUCCUGGUUUCCCGGGUCACGACGUGCCGGGGAGGAAGGUCGGGUACAUGCCGCAGGAUCUGGCCUUGUACAGCGAGUUCACCAUCAGCGACACCCUGACCUUCUUCGGCCGAGUCCACGGCCUGACGGCGAAGGAGACCCAGGCGCGCAUGGACUUCCUCAUCGACUUCCUGGACCUGCCUCAGAAACACAGCCUGGUCCGAAAGCUCAGCGGGGGUCAGAAGCGCAGAGUUUCCCUCGGAGCGGCUCUGCUCCAGAAUCCAGAGCUGCUCAUCCUGGACGAGCCAACGGUGGGAGUGGACCCUGUGCUCAGGGCCAAGAUCUGGCAGCAUCUGGUGGAGAUUGUGAAGACGGGGAAAGUGUCGGUCAUCAUCACCACACACUACAUCGAGGAGGCCAGACAAGCCAAUGUGGUCGGGCUCAUGCGGAACGGCCACUUGCUGGCGGAGGGGCCUCCAGAAGAGGUCAUGAAGCAGCACAAUGCAGCAACCCUGGAGCACGCCUUCCUGCAGCUGUGUCAGAAUUACGACCAGGUCGACUCCAAACGAGGAUCCAGUCCACAGGGGGCGCCGCUGGAGAACAGCCAGUCGUUCGAGAGCGGGCGAGACGAGAGUCGGCCGAUUCUCGCCAUCGGAGCCGGAGCCGAGGAGGAGGUUCCCAAAUAUUCAGUGGACUGGAAGGUGCGAGCCCGACACCUGCUGCCCAAGUGGAGGAACAUCACCGCCCUGAUGAUCAAGACGCUGGUGCGGAUGAAGAGAAUGCCCGGCUCGUUGUGUUUCCAGUUCGUGCUGCCCGUGAUCCAGAUCUCUCUGAUCUGUCUGUGCGUGGGAGGAGAUCCGCGGGGGGUGCAGGUCGCCGUCGUGAACAACGAGACCUCCCCCUCGGCGUACAGCCUCACGCUGCUCUCCUUCCUGGACAACACCAGUGUCACGCAGGUGCCCUUGUCUCAUGCAGAGGCUUUCGAUGGGAUCCAGAAUGGAGAGUACUGGGGCGUCAUCGGCUUCGGGGAGAACUUCACCAGCUACCUGACCAAAAGGAUGAUGCAGCGGCAUGUUUCCAGGGAGGUGGUGGAUGGAGGAUCAGUGCACGUGUGGCUGGAUCUGACAAAUCGACAAAUUGCCUUAAUGCUGCAGAAGAAGCUUCACGAGGCUUUUCAGGACUUUGUGGACCACAAGCUGGGCAGCAUGUCGUACCUGGUGUCGCUGCCGGUGAAGAUGGAGGAGCCGAUCUACGGAGACGAGAACACAGACUUCACCAUAUUUGUGAUGCCUGGAGCUGUUCUCAGUAUCACCUUCUAUCUGGCCGUGGGUCUGACGGCUCUCUCCUUCGUCCUGGAGAGGAAGGAGGGGCUUCUGGACCGAUGCUUUGUCGCAGGUGUGAGCUCCAUGGAGACGAUGCUGGCUCACCUCUUCUCUCAGCUGUUCGUCAUCAGCGUCCAGAUCAUCCUGCUGCUGCUCUUCAUCCUGCUCGCCUUCAAUAUGCCUAAUGAAGGCUCCCUGGUGCUGGUCAUCAUUCUCAUCGUGCUGCAGGGCGUCACCGGCAUCUCGUUCGGCCUCGUCAUCUCCGCCGCCAUCGACGACGAGCAGAGCGCCAACCAGGCCGCGCUGGGCGUGUUUUACCCAAACCUCAUCCUCUGCGGGAUCAUCUGGCCCGUGGAGUGUAUCCCGUAUCCUCUCCGGUACCUCAGCCUGGCUCUGCCUCAGACCUACGCCUCUGAAGCCCUCCGCUGUAUAAUGUACAGAGGUUGGGGUCUGACUCAGAUGAUGGUGUGGCGAGGCUUCGCCGUCACCCUCGGCUGGAACGCCUUCUUCCUCAUCCUGGCCACGGUCAUCUUGAAGCUGAGGACAUGA